CGAGCCGGCCAACUACGGGAAUAAUUAGAAAAUAAAUGGCUUAUCCACAAUCCAGACACAAUUCUUAAACCCACCAAAAACCUCCACUCCCAAAUGGGGCAAUUACAAGCAGCGCAAUUUAAGGCGUGAGAAUCCAUCGGAUAUCUCUCUGUCCAUGCGUAGCAGUACUCAGUAUUAUUCUUGUCAUAUCCCUGAAAACGUUGGCUACCUUUGGGUAGUUUUCUGGUCGUUUUGGUGGGGACUGGUGACGUCUGGGUAGACCAUGUUGCGAUAUGUGACAACGAAAUUGCAAAUUUCCAGGGACUGGAUAUAGUGAAAAAAGGCUCAUCCUUUGGUUGGACAUAGAACUUACUAUUAAAGAAUUGAUUUGUCUUUGUUUUAGCCAGCAUAUUCGUGUUUUUUACCUAAAUUUUGAACUUGUGCUGUGUCUAUGAAUGGCAGCAGGGUAAACUUUCUGUUCUGUUCAGCUGUGUUUUCGUAAGGAGAAAUUUUACAAAAAGAUCCUGUGAAAGAUCUGAACUUUGACUUUAUUGAAGUGAAAACAAAGAAAUGCUCGUUGCUACAUUAAAUACUAGCCUUCCCUUCCUCUCUUUUUCAUCAUUUUCAUCCUGUGAUACAAUCGUUCAAGCUAUAUGUAGCUAUCCACGUUGUUCAAAUGUCUUGUUUCCACAUUGGCGGGAACACAAGCUGUUAUCUAGAAGUCUGAUUUGUUUAGCCAGCUCGAAGAAUGCUGGUUCAAGUCCUGUUCCUAAUGCCAGCCAGAAUCCUGAUUCAAAACCUAAAAAGCCAAAUCCCCGGACACGUGAAUCUAAAGCACCCAAAGAUAAAGAUAAAAAUCUGAAGAAUAUAUUCCCCACGACAAUUCCUAAAAAGCCAAGGCGUGGUCGUAGGAGUGAAGCAGCUGCAGUUGAGGAUUUUAUUCGUGAUUCUCUGGAGCGGACAUUUGCAUCAAUCAAAGAACAGGAUUUUGAAAUCCUGAAAGACAAGGAAAGCAUCAUAAAGGAGAGGGUAGAUGAGGAGAGUGGUUCUGAUCAUAGUAGUGACGAUGAAGAUCAUGAUAAUGGGAGUAGAGAGAAAAACAUGGUAAUGGAGGAGGAGGAUCCAAAUUGGCCUCUCGAUGCAGAUGUGGGCUGGGGAAUUAGGGCAUCAGAAUAUUUUGAGCAGCAUCCCAUCAGAAAUGUUGUUGGAGAAGAUGGUGUUGAGAUUGAUUGGGAAGGGGAGAUUGAUUAUGGGUUGGUCAAGGAGAUAAAUUGUCUUGAAUGGGAAAGCUUUGCAUUUCGUCCAAGCCCCUUAAUUGUUCUUGUUUUUGAAAGAUACAACAGGGCAAGUGAAAACUGGAAAGUUUUGAAGGAGCUUGAGAAAGCAGCAGAGGUCUUUUGGAAAGCCAAGGAACGGUUGCCUCCUCGGACAUUAAAGCUAGACAUCAACAUUGAGAGGGAUCUGGCAUAUGCUCUUAAAGUUAAAGAAUGUCCACAAAUAUUGUUCUUACGCGGUAACCGGAUAUUGUACAGGGAAAAAGAGCCACGGAGAUCUGAUGAGCUGGUACAGAUGAUUGCACAUUUCUAUUAUAAUGCAAAAAAGCCUAUGUGCAUUAAUGAUGCUUUUUUGUCUCCACCAUGUUAGUUAAGUGGAGGAACAGUUGAACCAUUCAUUGAUAACAUGGAUAACAUGGUUGAUAAGCGAUACCGUCUGAAAGUUCCCUUUGAUGUUAGCAAUUCCAAAGGGAGAAAAGUUGCUAAGCAAUUGCACUCCAAGUAAAUGAACUGGCACCUCUUAGUAGAUAAGAAUGUAUUGUACUCUAAAUUGCUGUAUUUCCCUGGCUUACGCCUCAAGCAAGUUAAUUGUACCUCCUCAUUUCUCCUCCUUUCCUCACAACCACCAGGGAGAGUUUAGCUACUCGUAGAUUUGCUGUAUAUUUAGAAACUAGAUCUCUGUUGUCUAUGUACAUUUCUUACUGGUUGUGUUUAAUAUGAACCAACUUGAGUAGACUUAUCCUCAAGGUGUGAACUUAGCCUAUAUUUG